AUGGCUCAAGUUUUCCGCAGACAUGUCUUCCCUACCGUUCGUAGGCCUUUCUCCUCCAACCCUCGAUUCUUCUCUGCCGUAACCCCCCGACAAGCUGCUCCCGCCAAUCCUGCACAACACCCGGAUCGUAGAAUGCGCAUGCAAGCUGUGUCAGGUACACGAAUGGCAAAUGAUGUCGGCCUUCUACCUACAGCCAGAGGUCCCCCUCUCUUCAAAAGCCCCAAAAACCUAUUGAAAUACCAAUGGAUGAGGUUGAGGACCAGAGUACGGGAUAUUCUCGCCACCGUCACAUUUAAAUGGAUGUCUCCCAAAACCGGCCGCAUACGAAGAAAAGUGCAACUGAAGCGUGGUUCGAUAGCAUCUGCAGCCGAAGCUCUGUACAGAGAAAUGUACCAAAAUUUUGCUGCUGGUAACACUGGACGCUUGCGUAGAAUGUGCACCGAUGGACUUUAUGAAAGUUUCGCACAACGCAUAGCUUCAAGGCCCCGGGGGCAAAAGGUUACAUGGAACCUUGAGAAAAUGAACCGCAGACCUAAGAUAAUGUCGAACAAAGCCGUUAUGAUACCCGGAGGAUCGGGAAAUGUGAUACGACAAGCGGUGGUCAGGAUCUCGAGCCGACAAUUGAUAACUUUGAAGGAUAGUAAAGGGAAAGAAUUACCUGGAAGUAGCGAGAAAGACAUUGUGGAGUAUGUGGUUGUGCAGAAGAUUUAUCGAAACUGGCAGGAUACAGAAUGGCAGGUGUGGGGUACGACAAGGGCUACCACGUUGAAGAAUGUAGAGGAUUGGGAGAAGAUGGUUUAG